CAUCGGCCUUGACAUUCAUGUCGAAAAUUUCAGAACGCCAGAAAGCUCUCAAGGAAGCGGAGGAGAUGUUUAUGCUUGCCGUUAUUGAUUCCGACUCGGAACUGGAGGAGGAUAAUCUCAUCUGUUACACCUUGAUCGCCGAAUCCCACUAUUUCGAUAGACUAGAGUAUUAUCGAAAAAAAUACGCUUCACAACCAAGGCUUCGCCAGGCAAGGACAAGGGAUCUUCUAAAAGCUUCGAUGUGCGGAAGAAUCCUCCAGUGUCAUUGCAUGGUCAUCAACCACUGGAGACAGCGAAUAGCACAUCUGGCAGUCUGAACAUGGCUAACAUUAUGAGAAGGAAAUACGAAAGAUUGCACGAGUUGGAGGAGAAGAGGUGGCAGCGCGAGGAGAAGAAGGAAAAGGCGAGGCAGGAGCGCAAAGACAGGAAGGGAAAGGGGAUGCAGGAGCGCGAAGAUAGAGAGGAAAAUGAGAGGUUGAGGAAGGAGCAAAAUAAGAGAGAGCGUGAGUUGGUGAUGCUCAAAGAACAACUUGCAUUUGCACUUCUUCAAAACAGCACCUCAAGUAAUGCCGCAGUUGUCUCUGGGUUGAUCAGCAGCUUGGCGACAGUAAGCCACCCCACUACCGAACCCACCAACGGCUCCAUUGACGAUGCCAUCGUCAUUCCCACCAAGUAG